AUGUUCUAUGCGUGCGGGGCUUCCUUCAGGUCAUACAACGCCUUCCGUAGACGAACAACAUGGCCGGGCUUCUCAUAUCCAAGUGGGCACCUAAUAAAGACAGGCUUGUCCAGCGGAGGUUGAGGAAUGCUGUACUGAUGUCCAUCUGAUGGAUCUCCAGAUUGAGUUGAUUUGCCAGGGCAAACGCCGAUCGAACAAUGUGGUAGGAGGGCGUAGGAGAAAACACGUCAUCCACUUGGUUGCCGUCUUGUUUAAAUCCUCUUGCGACGAUGCGGGCCUUGUACUUGUCAGGCUUGAGAGCAAAUACCCAUCUGCAUAAGAUGAUUUUGGUCGUUGCGGCUUUCUCCGGCAUGUACUCAAACACUCUCAGGUCUUCAAUCGACUUCAUCUCACGGUCCAUGGCUUCUUUCCAUUGAUCUGCUGCUGCUGAUUUGAUUGCUUGGUUAUAGGUCUUUGGUAUGGUUGGCUGGAAUAGUUGUGAGAGUGGUGGGUCAUCUGCAAUAUUGUCGUCUUCCAAUGGGUCUUCUGUCAUCUCGCCAUCUUCAUUCACAAAGAGCAGGUCAGGAUGAUUAAAGAAGUGGUCUUCAUAGAUGCGUCCAGGGAUGCGUCGCUCAUCCGUUGUUCUUGUCUUUCUGGUCUGUUGAUCAGCAGUCUCUUUCUCCCCCUCUUAACCAUUGCCAUCUUCUUCAAUGAUCUUCAUGUCAUCUUGGAUGUCAUUUGUCUCCUGAUGCUGGUGUGAUUUAUUGUUGUCGUCGUGGAUGUCUUCGAUUGCUGGUAAAGGCUUAUUCACAGAUGUCUCGGGUCGUUGUGGAUAGAUGAGAUCGAUUGUUGGUGGUGCUCGUGGUUUCUUCUCUUGUCCAAGCAGUAUCGCCUCGUCAAACAUCACAUCGCGUGACAGCACUAAUUGCCGUGUGUCCGGCAAGUACACCAGAUAGCCGUCUUUAGUCGUUGGGUUUACCAAGUAAGAUGCCGAUCUGCGUGCAAGGGUCCAUCUUACUAAUCGUCUCUUUCCUCUGGUUGAUGUGUGCCUUGCAGCCGAAGAUGCGGAUGUGGCCGACAUCGGGUGGAUAGCCGAUGAAGAGCUCAUGUGGUGUCUUUAUUCCUUCGUUGGCUGCGGUCGGCGUGCAGUUCUUGAUUUACGUCGCUGUGGCCGUCGCAUAACACCAAUACGAUACGGGUAAGCUGGCAGUGAACAGCAGUGCACGCGCCAUAGCACAAAUCACACCAAUGGCUCGCUCAGCCACUCCAUUUUGGGACUGAUGAUAUAGUGGACUCCUCUCUUGUCGUAUCUGGUUUGUCUGGCAGAAUUCUUUCCACUGGCCCUUGAUAAGCUCCGCCCCACCGUCUGUCCUCACUGCCUUGGGCAUGCGGACUGCAGUGCAGUACUGGAUGAAUGUCGCAGGGGCAUCUGAUUUCUUCUUCAGGAAGUAAGUCUACAGCCACCUUGAUGCAUCGUCGACUACCACCAUCAGAUACUUGUGUCCUCUCUCGCUUGGCUGCUUGGUCUGUGACAGGUCGACGUUCAUGAGAUCACCAGGGUGUUGGUGUCGAUACGCAUCCCCUGCAUACGGCAGUCGCUUCAUCUUGACCUUCAAACACACUUCACACUUGGUCUUCUCGUCGUCAUUGUUGUUCUCCUUCUUUGUCGUUGGUGCGUGUCUUGUCACUUCAGGUAGUUUCUUGAGAUGGAUAUGAGAAGAGGCGGGGCUGGUUCGCUGCAGCUGCGUCAACACACAAGAGAUCUGUCCGGCCUUCUGUUCCAUCACGGAACAUCGUGACUGAUGCAAACAGAGUUUCUGACUGAUGUGAAGGACCUUCCUCUAAGCCCGGGUGAUCCACGGUGCCGACCCAAGCAGAUCCGGGAGCAGCAACGGUUUCACGGAAAGUCAAAGGUGGCCCUAAAGCCUGGUCCCAUGUCUUUCACGCACAACCAAACGAACGAACACGCAACAGGAAUCACCCAGGCACGCUCCGGGAGGAUCUGCGAGCUUAGCUUGGAGAUGCAUGGCACCAUCCCGCGCCGAAAGAAAGAUCACAGAAGUGUGCUCUGGCUGAUGAAGACCAAUAUGGAGAUCUGAAGGUCGGCAUGCGUCAUCACUCAUGAUGUGUUCAUGUUCGUCAUCAGGCGUGUGUUUGCUUGCUGUGUGCGCUGCUCACAGGUUGUCAUCAGGCGCCCACGUGCUGCAAGGUCAGCAAGACAACAAGCGAAUUAAUUGCAGGAGUGAAUGUCACACAUACGUUGCCUCUGUGUGUGUGUGUGUGUGUGUGUGCAGUGACGGCAAGGUGGGUGUGAGAGAGAGGAUACACACGAGUAGACGGGCAUGCAGUCAACGAACAAACACAAUGCAUGCGCGGUCGGGGUUGGUGCAGGAGGGUCGCUCGCUUCAAGUGCAUGCGUGCCAGAUCCUGCUUGGUACACAGGUCAGUAGGCAACGAGAGAGAAAAGGGUUCGUUCUCUUCCGCACGGAUGAUAUAUACACAUGCAUAUAUAUAUAUGAGGUCCCCGUCUGUCUGUCUGUCGGCCUAUGUAUUAUUAUGUGCAGCGAGCGAGCAGGACAAAGGACCACCUGGCCGGCCUACACAGGCACGUGAUCUAUAGAUUAUUGGUACGUGUGUACGAACGUCCAUACAGUGAGUGCACAGAUCCGUCCACCCACGCGGACACAAAUCCAUGCAUACAUGCACAUGCGAGUGUGUCUAGGCGUGCAGUGCUGCUCCCAUGUUGGAGAAGGUACACAUACAUACAUACACACGCACUCUCUCCCGCUCUGCCGGCCACAGACACCCAGAAAUUCACUUGUGCGUAUCAUCGCCUUCUGCAGGUGAUUUGGAUGGAUGUGCCCCUAUCCAUGACGCACCUCAUCGACCACUAUGUAUGUACACACACGCCCACCCACAAUGAGCACCCAGACAUACGCGUACCCAUUGUGUGUGCAGGUGUCAGUCAACGGCUGCCCACAUGCCUGCCCAUUUUGGAUCGCUUCCGAUGGAAACGCGUCAGAGACACUGACGGGGAGCAAGUAUCGACGUCGCACGCACGCAGUUGUGCACGGAAGACGCCUAUUCACUCUUCGGUUUUCUUCCCUGUCUGUCAGUUGCCCCUACUGUCUCUGCCUCCUUUGCUGCUUGGCCAUGGUGCCUUCGUUUGAUGGCAUGCACGAGCUCAGACACACGAGAGGCCACCGCCAGAUGGCACCAGGCAAGUGUUCGCAUACACGCACAUGUUUCCGUCUGUCUGUCUGUCUGCAUUCCUCCAUUCAUCCAUGGGUCGAUGUGGGUGCGCCUUUUAUGUGAUCCAUCAGGGUGAGUGGAAGGUGACCCACGACAGCUGCAUAAAAGAGGUACCUGGUGGAUGCGGGCACAUCCUUCGUUCCUGCAGCAGUUCUGUCCACCAGGCACUCAUUGCCAUGGCUGCACCAGGCAGAGACGACUUCGGCAAGGUGACUUUGAAUGCACAUUAUGUGCACAUGAUGCAUGCAUGCAUGAAUGUAUCGAUUUGCACUUGCACCUCGGUGUAUCUCAUGUAGGUAUCGAGCGAGCAGCAACAAGGACGACAAGGCCAGCUUCAUAGCCUACACCACAAGCAGAAACACCAACAGGUAGGUGCGUAGUUGCACUCACUCCCAGUCGCUCCCUCCCCCUUACACACGUCUGUCCGCCCAUUGAAUGUCAGAACUUUCUAG